AUGACCUGCGUUUCCGGUUACGAUAUCAUAAAGAAACGUGUACCUACCGGACUUAAGGUCACGACUAAGCAGGUGGACCUCUGCGAAGCCGUGCGCAAGGUCCUGGGCCAACCUCAAGGCGAUGCCUUUGUCAAGUCCUCUGAUGCUAUUUGCAAAUGCUUUCCUCGACUUGAACAGCUAAAUACGACUGCACAAUUCAAGUCACUUUCUCAGGGCAUCAUGUCACUGUCCAAUGGCAAAGUUGCUGAUGAAAUUUUCAGUUUAAAUACAUGCUUGCAGAACGGAGGAAUCGAUCUUCAGCACAACUUGGAUGAAGUUAAAGGUUCGAUUCAAUCAGGGCCUGGUUUUUCAAAUAGCCAGAUGGAUGAAUAUACGUAUCCCAAGCUUAUUGCAGGCAUUAAGUCAUGUCAACAAGACGUCUGCAACUCGACACUGAUUACGGGCGCCAUUACAAAUGGUUUGAGUGCGAGUGGCGAAGCCGACGGCAGUCUCAGAGGAACACUGAACAGAUGGCAAGCGAUUUUAUCCUCUAUCAAAUCUGACUCAACUGGUCUCAAUCAACUGCUGCCAAAGUUCAUGUCAUAUGUGGAAUCUGCACAAGUCCAAUUUGACGAGAUCAAUGAUAUGUGCACGGAGCUUGAUAGCUGCAAAGGGCCUCAUGUCUCAGAAUUUCUACAAAAAGUUGCAAGUAAAAUCGCUGCAACCAAAUAUCUUGGAACACUCCGAUUUCCAUCUACUCUCGCUAGCACUCUUGACAACAUCUUGAAACGAGUACUGGAGGCUUUGGACCUGCCUAGGUAUCUCGAGGGCGACGCCGCCGUGGCAUUGUUCAAAAACAACAAGAUUAAAACGACCAAAGACCUUUUCCAACUUCUUCCCAAGAUCAAGACCUUACAUCCUAUAUCAAAGGAUAUCAAUACUCGUCUGGUUCCGAUUAAGGAGUUCUUGCCCAACAAUCAAACCUUUGCUAUCUCGACAUAUACAGAGCAACAACAGCUGCUCUCGAUACCGUUUCAAGACAUCGAGUAA